ACGGCGCGGGCGGGGCGGGGGGCGCGGCUCGGAGCGCGGCGGCGGCUCAAGAACGGCGGGGCGGCCGGCGGCGGGGAACGGGACCGGGCGGGCCGGGGAGCACCGAGAGGGGCUGUGUGCUUUGUUGUGAAAGUGAAGCGGCUCUGGAAGGUCACACAGCCAUCUUCUCCAGGCAGGUGCUGCAGCUCACUGGCGUCAAGGACUUUGGGAAUACAGGUUUGAGCUUUCUAGAAGAUGAAGCCCUGGCUGCGGUUGGUGUUCUUUACCAGCGUUUUCUUGAUCUGGCAUACAGAAGCAGAGUUCUUCACUUCAAUAGGUCAAAUGACAGAUCUGAUUUAUGCAGAGAAGGACUUGGUACAGUCUUUGAAAGAAUACAUCCGAGCAGAAGAGACCAAGUUGUCCCAGAUUAAAAGCUGGGCUGAGAAAAUGGAUGUGCUGACAAGCAAAUCCACUUCGGAUCCGGAAGGGUACCUGGCCCACCCUGUGAAUGCAUAUAAGCUGGUGAAGCGUUUGAAUACUGAUUGGCUGGAAUUAGAAAACCUGGUUCUUCAGGACACAACAAAUGGCUUUAUCACAAAUCUCACAAUUCAGCGUCAGUUUUUUCCAACUGAAGAGGAUGAGACAGGGGCUGCCAAGGCUCUGAUGCGCCUGCAGGACACAUACAAACUGGAUCCUGAAACACUCUCUCGAGGGAACUUGCCAGGAACAAAAUAUAGAUCGUCAUUGACAGUGAGUGACUGCUUUGGUAUGGGCAAGACUGCUUACAAUGAUGGCGACUACUAUCACACAGUACUCUGGAUGGAACAAGCCUUAAAACAGCAUGAUGAGGGGGAGGAUACUACAGUCAGCAAAGUGGAGAUCCUAGAUUAUCUCAGCUAUGCUGUCUUCCAGUUUGGAGACUUACACAGAGCCAUGGAGCUUACAAGGCGCCUGAUAUCCCUUGACAGUACUCAUGAGAGAGCAGGCAGUAAUCUGCGGUACUUUGAGAAGCUGCUGGAGAAGGAGAGAGAGAAGUCCUCAAACAAGACAGUUGCAGCAACAGAACCAGUGGUGCAAAGUGGUGCCUAUGAGAGACCUCUUGACUACUUGCCGGAGCGUGAUAUCUAUGAGGCCCUCUGUAGAGGUGAAGGGGUGAAAAUGACGCCUCGGAGGCAGAAAAGGCUUUUCUGUAGGUACCAUGAUGGAAACAGAAACCCACAUCUGCUCAUAGCUCCCUUUAAAGAAGAAGAUGAAUGGGAUAGCCCUCAUAUUGUACGCUACUAUGAUGUCAUGUCUGAUGAAGAAAUUGAGAAAAUUAAACAGCUGGCAAAGCCAAGGCUGGCACGAGCCACAGUCCGUGAUCCCAAAACCGGUGUCCUUACAGUGGCUAGCUACAGAGUGUCAAAAAGUUCAUGGUUGGAGGAAGAUGACGAUCCUGUUGUGGCUAAGGUGAAUCAACGAAUGCAGCAGAUCACAGGGUUAACAGUGAAAACAGCUGAGCUGUUGCAGGUUGCUAAUUAUGGAAUGGGAGGGCAGUAUGAGCCACACUUUGAUUUUUCUAGGAAAGAUGAGCCAGAUGCUUUCAAGCGGUUAGGGACUGGAAAUCGUGUGGCCACUUUUUUAAACUAUGUACCAAGCAGGAGGACGCCAGAGUGGUAAUAACAUCUGCUUUAAACAGAAAUCCAAGUUGCAGUGAAGAAUGUGGGGGGUGUGGGAAUUGUAUUCAUGAUUGCUGACACUUUGUGGGAACUGGAUGUGACUAAUUUGUUUCUUUCCAUUAGUACCUGAUUGAAAAACUUACUGAGAUGAGCAGAAAGAUUACUUACUUUAAUGGAAGUGUUUCCAGGGACUUUAGGUUUUGAGUCACAUCUGUAGAGCUCAUCACUGCUAACAGAUUCAACAGGGUUAAGUUCAUUCCAGUGUAGAACAACAAAGCAUAAAGACGUAAGCAUUUCUUUAGAGCCUCAUUGCUGUAUGUGUUAAAGCACUAGAAAUAGAAUUGAGAUAUUGGGGAACAACAAACAAAGAAACAGUGCGGAGAAGUGAGGUUUUCCAGUUGUACAGAUUUUUGAAGUGGUUGACCAAGAUGCUAAACUAAAUUAUGAAAACGAGUUCCAAGGACACGGUUUCAAUUUGAGGAAAUGUGGUUUAACAGGCACUUACUUUUCUAAUUGAAUCAUAGACCAGAAUGAAAUUCUGAAACUAACUUACUCUGAAGUCCUCUCCCUUGUUCUAGAGUACUAGCUUAUUAAUGCUGCAGGGGAAAUAUUUUUUUUUAUGGUUAACUUGUAUAAUAUGUACUUGUAGAUCAGCACUUCAUCAAGCUUACUCAUGAAUAAAAGCCUUCAGCUGAAAUAACAGCCUUCAAUAAUGGGCUUAGCAAUUCAUGCUGGUUGAAAUCCAUCUCUUCUUUGUUACUGCGACUCACAGAGGUGUGAAUUGUGUUAGGACAAGGGGCACUUGAGCUUGUGGGUCUGUAUGUACAAAAGUACGUACAGUCGGUUUGACUUUGUUUUCUCAUUUUGUUU